CCUGGAAAAUCAUCCAUAUUGGCGACAAAGAUCCUGGCUGUCUGGCUGAGCAUCAUUCGAUUUUCCACCUUGGCUGGAAUGAACAACACCGUAACAUCCGGGAGUUUAUCAAGAUGGUCGAGGACGUACGAUAGAAUUGGUUUGAUAUAGGGGCUCCAUGUUGAUUCAAGUGGGAUCCUUCGUACCAAGUGUUCAGAACAAACAAAAAGGGGACUACCCAGAAGCAGUACAGGUGGAAAGUGGAUUGUCCAGUGAUGAACCGCUGUCGUCGGUGUCGUUGCUGCCCAGCUCUGUGUUUUGUGGCUGUGGCUAUUCUCAUCCUAUCAUGUUACGCAAUAAUCUAUCAGCUAGAAAUUGUUUACAUCGAACCCCGUCUACCAAAGCUAAUGAAACCAUUGGCUGCUAAUUAUUCCCGGCGAUUCAAUUCGACCUGCAAUCACCGUGCGGAUAAGAGAGGACAUCAUCAACAAGUGAUUGGCUACUCAAUGUACGGUGAUUUGGCUCAAAUCAAUUUGGCUCGCAGAUACUUGAAGCCUCUCGCAGAAACAACUCAAAAGAUUCCUCAAAUUUUCCCAGGUUGGACGGUGAGAAUUUAUCACAACCUAACGAGGGGCAGCGAAUCCUGGCGAUUAUUGCACAAAACAUUUUUUAAUGAAAAUCACAUUGACCUCUGCAAUGCAACCGAAGUCAUCGAAGAUCAAAAUUUAGGCAAUAUUUUCUCCAUGACUUGGCGAUGGUUACCACUACUCGACGAGAUGGUGGAUGAUUUCAUGUCGAGAGAUGCAGACAGUCCGAUUAUACCUCGGGAGGAGGAAGCCGUUCGUGAGUGGUUCAAGAGCAAUCGAUUGUUUCACGUUAUGAGAGACCACCCCAAGCAUUGUGUCUCUAUUCUUGGUGGUAUGUGGGGCGUUAAACUUGGCCAGGGUCGUUCAAGAAUCGCCAAAGUUGCAGGAAGAAUGCUGAAAAGGAAUCAUUUGCAUGAGUAUGAUUACGAUCAAACUUUAUUGACGCGUUACAUUUGGCCAAUCGCCAGAACUAACAUGGUGGCUCACGAUAGUUACUGCUGCCAAUAUUUCCCGCACAGCCGACCAUUUCCUAAUCAGAGAAAAGGUGGGGCCUUCGUUGGUAUGACCGGUAGUUUAUCUGCGGAUGAAAACUCUACAGCAGCUGAAUGUCCACGUAAGUGUCGUCCGAAUGUCACAUCCGAUUGGCGAUAUUGUUAAAAUAUGGUUUAUUAUUACCAUACUAUUAAGAUUGAACGUAGUUCUAUCAAACAACUCAACACUAAUGCAAUUGACUUAUUUGAAACGACUGUGUACAAGAAAUAAGUAAAACCUGAAGUAAAACAGGGAAAAUGAAAAAGAAUUGGGCUAUUACACUUAUGAACUGCUCUUCCUUA